GCGGCGGCGGCGGCGGCGGUGCUUGGAGAGACAUCCCAGAAGAGACCGAGAGAGAAUCAGCCCAGGGUAACUGCGGCGGCGGCCCCACCUCUCCUGGCCGGCCUCAGAAAGACCAGCGUGCUUCCCCAGGACUUCAGAGAGCACGUUCCGGGCCGGUCCUCUCUCCGCAGUGAGCCAAGAGUGCUGGGGGGAGGUGCUUGCGCAUGCCAGGUGCACAGCCGACUCGCUUGCCAGCCCCUGUGCAGGUGUGCCGCCGCGGUCCCGGGAGUGCCCGAAAGGCUGCGACCCCGUCACCCUCCCCGCCUUCGCGUUAAGUACGGUUCGGACUCAGAUACUCGUUUUCUAGAUCGCUCAGACGCCGCAGCCCUGACCCGUUGUGGCCUAUCGUACCCGGCUAACUUUGAACAGGGAAAACUGAGUAGCCGGGCUGGAGGGGGGGGGCUCGGGGCCGAGCGGAGCUCCCACGCUUCCCCGGAGCCCCCGGGGUCCGCGCGAGCCAAGCCUGCCACAACCACAGCAUUGGAGCCGGCGCGGGUAUCUACCCCGCGCCGCCGGGCCGCCCUGGGUGGGACGUUUGUUGCGGCCUCCAGGCCCCCCGGGCGCGCGCAACAGGCGGCCCGACUCAUCGGGAAGCUGGAGCGCCGGCGGCGCCGUCCUCGGAGGGGUGUGGAGAGGCGAGGCCGGGCAGAGCCCCGUGCAGCCAUGGAGUCACUCCUGCUGCCGGUGCUGCUGCUUUUGGCUAUCUUAUGGACGCAGGCUGCUGCCCUCAUUAACCUUAAGUACUCUGUAGAAGAGGAGCAGCGUGCCGGGACAGUGAUCGCCAACGUGGCCAAAGACGCGCGGGAUGCUGGUUUUGCUAUGGACCCACGACAAGCCUCCGCUUUCCGUGUGGUAUCUAACUCAGCACCGCACUUGGUGGACAUCAACCCCAGCUCCGGCCUGCUGGUCACCAAACAGAAGAUCGACCGCGACCUACUGUGCCGCCAGAGCCCCAAGUGUAUCAUCUCGCUGGAAGUCAUGUCCAGCUCAAUGGAAAUCUGCGUGAUUAAGGUGGAGAUCAAGGACCUGAACGACAAUGCUCCCAGCUUCCCUGCGGGACAGAUAGAGCUGGAGAUCUCAGAGGCAGCCAGCCCUGGCACACGCAUUCCUCUGGACAGUGCCUACGACCCGGACUCUGGCAGUUUCGGGGUGCAGACUUACGAGCUCACGCCUAAUGAGCUCUUCGGCCUGGAGAUAAAGACGCGAGGUGACGGCUCACGCUUUGCUGAACUCGUGGUGGAAAAGAGCCUGGAUCGAGAGACUCAAUCGCACUACAACUUUCGCAUCACCGCACUCGACGGGGGCGAUCCGCCGCACAUGGGCACGGUUGGCCUCAGCAUUAAGGUGACUGACUCCAAUGACAACAAUCCGGUAUUCGGCCAGUCCAAUUAUGCUGUCAGCGUGCCAGAGAAUUCACCUCCUAACACUCCGGUCAUCCGCCUCAAUGCCAGCGACCCAGAUGAGGGCACCAAUGGCCAGGUGGUCUAUUCAUUUUAUGGCUAUGUUAACGACCGCACCCGUGAGCUCUUUCAGAUUGAUCCUCAUAGCGGCCUUGUUACGGUUAUUGGUGCCCUGGACUAUGAAGAGGGCCACGUGUAUGAACUAGACGUGCAAGCCAAGGACUUGGGACCUAAUUCCAUUCCUGCACACUGCAAGGUCACGGUCAGCGUUCUGGAUACCAAUGAUAACCCGCCGGUUAUCAACUUGUUAUCUGUCAACAGUGAGCUGGUGGAGGUGAGCGAGAGCGCCCCCCCGGGUUACGUGAUCGCCCUCGUGCGGGUUUCUGAUCGCGACACCGGCCUCAAUGGGCGCGUUCAGUGCCGCUUGCUGGGCAAUGUGCCGUUUCGGCUGCAGGAGUAUGAGAGCUUCUCCACUAUCCUGGUGGACGGACGACUGGACCGGGAGCAGCACGAACAGUACAACCUUACAAUCCAGGCGCGCGAUGGCGGCGUGCCCAUGCUGCAGAGUGCCAAGUCUUUCACUGUGCGCAUAACCGAUGAGAACGACAACCAUCCGCACUUUUCCAAGCCCUAUUACCAAGUAAUUGUGCAGGAGAACAAUACUCCGGGCGCGUAUCUGCUGUCCGUGUCAGCUCGGGACCCUGACCUGGGUCUCAAUGGCAGUGUUUCCUACCAGAUUGUGCCAUCGCAGGUGCGGGACAUGCCUGUCUUCACCUAUGUCUCCAUCAACCCCAACUCAGGGGACAUUUACGCACUGCGAUCUUUCAACCACGAACAGACCAAGGCAUUCGAAUUCAAGGUGCUGGCCAAGGAUGGCGGCCUGCCCUCACUGCAAAGCAAUGCAACGGUUCGAGUCAUCAUCCUCGAUGUCAAUGACAAUACUCCGGUCAUCACGGCCCCACCUCUAAUUAAUGGCACCGCUGAAGUCUACAUUCCUCGAAAUUCAGGCAUAGGCUACCUGGUGACUGUUGUCAAAGCUGACGACUACGAUGAGGGUGAAAAUGGCCGGGUCACUUACGACAUGACUGAUGGCGACAGAGGCUUCUUUGAAAUAGAUAAUGUCAAUGGGGAAGUCAGAACCACUCGCACUUUCAAUGAGAACUCCAAGGCUUCCUAUGAGCUUAUUGUGGUAGCCCAUGACCAUGGCAAGACAUCUCUUUCAGCCUCUGCACUCGUUGUAGUCUACUUGUCCCCUGCUCUGGAUGCUCAGGAGUCUAUGGGCUCCGUCAACUUGUCCCUGAUUUUCAUUAUAGCCCUGGGCUCCAUUGCGGGGAUCCUCUUUGUCACGAUGAUCUUCGUAGCAAUCAAGUGCAAGAGAGAUAACAAAGAGAUCAGGACCUACAACUGCAGAAUCGCCGAAUACUCCUAUGGCCACCAAAAGAAAUCAAGCAAGAAGAAAAAAAUCAGUAAGAAUGACAUACGCCUGGUACCCAGGGAUGUGGAGGAAACAGACAAGAUGAACGUUGUCAGUUGUUCCUCUCUGACCUCAUCCCUCAACUAUUUCGACUACCACCAGCAGACGCUGCCCUUGGGCUGCCGCCGCUCUGAGAGCACUUUCCUGAAUGUGGAGAACCAGAAUACCCGUAAUACCACCAGCGCCAGCCACAUCUAUCAUCAUUCUUUCAACAGUCAGGGCCCCCAGCAGCCAGACUUGAUUAUCAAUGGCGUCCCUCUGCCUGAGAAUGAAAACUACUCCUUUGAUUCCAACUAUGUGAACAGCCGAGCUCAUUUAAUCAAAAGCAGCUCCACCUUUAAGGAUUUAGAGGGCAACAGUCUGAAGGACAGUGGACAUGAGGAAAGUGACCAGACUGACAGUGAACAUGAUGUCCAGAGAAGCCUGUAUUGCGAUACUGCUGUCAAUGAUGUGCUGAAUGCUAGUGUCACUUCUAUGGGAUCCCAGAUGCCUGACCAUGAUCAGAAUGAUGGAUUUCACUGUCGGGAAGAGUGCCGGAUUCUUGGUCACUCUGAUCGGUGCUGGAUGCCUCGAAACUCCGUGACCACCCGAUCCAAGUCCCCUGAGCACGUGAGGAAUGUCAUCGCACUGUCCAUUGAAGCUGCUGCUGCAGAUGCUGAAGCAUAUGAUGACUGCGGCCCUGCCAAGAGGACCUUUGCAACCUUUGGGAAAGAUGUCAGUGAUCAUGUGCCUGAGGAAAGGCCCACCCUGAAAGGCAAGAAGACUGUUGAUGUCACCAUUUGCAGCCCUAAGGUCAGUGGUGUGAUCCGGGAGGCAGGCAAUGGCUGUGAGGAUAUUAGCCCUGUCACAUCCCCUCUGCACCUCAAGAGCUCUAUGCCUACCAAGCCUUCAAUAUCUUUCACCGUUGCUCUGGCACCCAUGGGUCGAGAUGUUGAGCAGUAUGCCAACAAUGGCGCUUCUCGUCCCUCUGAAGCUGAGCCCCGUGGAGCCGACAGUGAGAAAGUUGUGUGUGAAGUCAUUCCCAUUAUGAAGGAGGGUCGUGACAAAGAGUCUCCUGGCGUAAAGCAUCUGAAGGACAUUGUACUCUAAAGGGGAAGAGAGAGAAACCAUGCUGGCCAGUGAAAAAGCAGGAGUUAAUCUUUGUAAUUGUUUACCAAUGGUUGGUUCUUGAGUGGUAUAUUUCAGAGCUUUCCCUAAAUGUAUUGUUUAUAAACGUCUAUCAUUUUGUGACAAUCCGUCUCCUUUAAAUAAGCAGCAGGGGUGAUCAGUUGGAGCAAAUUAGCUUGCACUUGAGUUGUUCUUGGGGCCUUGGUGUUGGGGAAACAGAGAGAAAUUCAGUUGUGAAAAGUAUUAUGUAUAAGUGU